AUGAAUAACACCCAUGGCAAGGGCAAUAUCAGUGCUACAGUGGAACUGUUCCAGCUCAUCAUGUACACCCCCACUUUUAUCCUGGGAUUGCUGUUCAACAUAAUGGCUCUGUCAUUCCUGUUCUUCAAGGUUAAAAAGCUGUCAGAAUCUACAGUCUACAUGAUGGCCCUUAUAUUCCUGGAUACUUUGCUGUUGUUUACUCUCCCUUUUAAAAUCAUUUCCUACCAUCUUCAAGACAACUGGAACUUGGGGUCAGUGUUUUGCUCCACAUUGGAGAGUCUUUACUUUGUGAAUAUGUAUGGCAGCAUCCUCAUCUCCCUGUGCAUCUGCGUGGACCGGUACGUUGCUAUCCAGUACCCCUUCGUGGCCCUCACCCUCAGGUCCAUCAAGAAAGCUGCCAUGGUCUGUGCUCUCAUCUGCCUGGGCACCUCCGUGGGGACACUCUCUACUUUCCAGCUCCAUGGGAAGGGCCACAACAUCUCGUCCUGCUUCCAUAACUUCUCCAAGAGCACGUGGGAGAACGCAGGCCUGUUCAGCACCCUGGUGAUCAUCUUCUUGGGCAGCCUGGCAGCCAUGACCUUCUGCACUGCCCAAACUGUCCGCUGCCUGAGAAGGCACAGAAACCCAGACAACCUCCAAACACACAGCACCAGGGCAGAGAGGAUUGUGGUGACAAACCUGGUGGCCUUCCUGGUGUGCUUCACGCCUUACCACGUGGCCUACAUCAUGUACUUCUUGGUGAAGAACAACAUCAUCCACAUCAGUUUUCAACAAGUGCUACGAGACAUUGUCCAGGUCACCCUUUGCUGGGCAAACCUGAACUGCUGUCUUGAUGGGGUGUGCUAUUAUUUUGUUUUAAAGGAGUCCUUGGAAGACCCAUUGCAAAACAAUGAAAAAAGAGCCAUGCAAAAGCCUUGA